GCCGGCGCGCGCCCUCGGGAGGUGGCGGCUGCAGAAGCAUCAGCAGCAUCGGCAGCAGCCCCGAGCUGCCUCAGGAGGGACCGACCGACCGGAAAGACAGGGGGGCAGAGGGCGCUGGGGGCGCGGGCCCUACCGGGCCAGCUAUGGAAGGCGCCUCAUUCGGCGCGGGCCGUGCGGGGGCAGCCCUGGACCCCGUGAGCUUCGCGCGGCGGCCCCAGACCCUGCUGCGGGUGGCGUCCUGGGUGUUUUCCAUUGCGGUCUUCGGGCCCAUAGUCAACGAGGGCUAUGUGAACACCGACAGCGGCCCAGAACUGCGCUGCGUCUUCAAUGGGAACGCGGGCGCCUGCCGCUUUGGUGUCGCGCUCGGCCUGGGCGCUUUCCUCGCCUGCGCCGCCUUCCUGUUACUCGACGUUCGCUUCCAGCAGAUCAGCAGCGUCCGCGAUCGCCGUCGCGCUGUUCUGCUGGACCUGGGCUUCUCAGGGCUCUGGUCCUUCCUGUGGUUCGUCGGCUUCUGCUUCCUCACCAACCAGUGGCAGCACACAGCGCCCGGGCCGGGCACAGCACAGGCGGGGGACGCAGCCCGGGCCGCCAUCGCCUUCAGCUUCUUUUCAAUCUUCAGCUGGGUGGCACUCACUGUGAAGGCCCUGCAGCGGUUCCGCCUGGGCACCGACAUGUCUCUCUUCGCCACCGAGCAGCUGGGCGCCGGGGCAGGCCAGGCCUACCCCGGCUACCCAGUGGGCAGCGGUGUGGAGGGGACCGAGACCUACCAGAGCCCGCCCUUCACCGAGACUCUGGACACCAGCCCCAAAGGUUACCAGGUGCCUGCCUACUAGUGGCCAGCUGGUGCGGACCAGAACGCAAAGGCCAGACAACAACCUCAGGCCC